ACAUUAUAAAUUUGUCGGGGGAAGGGUUAUAAGUUAAAAUUUAUUGUGAGAAAAACUAACAAAGGAAAUGUUUGAAGUUUAAGAAAAUGUAUUGAGUCUAAACUAAGAAAAUAUUUGAUAAGUUUUUAUCACAAGAAAUCAGCAGACCUGUUUUAAAAUUUCAAAAGUGGCAAGAAACAACUAGCUCAAUUUAGUCCUCCCCUGACAGCUGUUAGUUGUUGAUAAGGGUGUCAGGUCCCACGCGGUUGUCAGUGGCCUAAACGCGUGUUGCUUGAAGAAAACAUAGUAAAGGUGAAUAAUUUCCGUUUCGCCGCAGGAAGCUGCGUUCGUCGUUCAGAGCGAGUUCUCUUUUUUACGGGAUAUGGAGGUUCUCUCCCCGCAAAACCAGUCUAUAGAUGAUUAUUCCUCCUUGGAUGAGUCUUGGGAUUCCCGUCUGCCAACUCCUCUUGCAUUAGACUUUUCUUCACUGAGGGAGGAAGAAGAUUCCAUCCCAAACACACAAAGGGGCCUGUCAGAUGUGGAAGGACAAGACUUAUAUGUUGAUAGUCUUGGUUAUGAAGAUUUUUCAGCCUCACCGUCUGGUUUGAAUGGGUAUAUGGCAAUUAAUGGUACUAGAGAAAAUGAUACUGAUUACCUUCGGAUGGCAAAGAAAGGUGGUGGACAUGCAGAUCUGUUAAAAGUAGAACCCCACACACCCACUCCUGAACCAGUCAGAUAUGACAAGAAGGAUGGACAGUGGUAUACCCAUGAUGGAGUGGAUGUCAAGGACACUCAACAAAAGAAAGAAAUGAUUACAUUGUCCAGGGAUCAACUAUCUUCAUCUGCUAAAAGCUCAGUAGACAUAGAGACGGAUACAGAAUAUCUUCAACUUGCAAAGAAAGGUGGAGGGCGUAAAGAUUUAUUAACAGUAGUUCCCCACACACCCACUCCUGAACCAGUCAAAUACACCAAGAAGGAUGGACAGUGGUAUACACAGGAUGGAGUGGAUGUGAAAGAGACCCAACAGAGGAAAGACUUGUCUUUGGCCUUGAAUGGUUUACUCCAUAACGGUGAUGAUGCACAACUAGCUGCUGGAGGAAAGCACACAGAUUAUCUUGACCUGGCCAAGAAAGGUGGAGGACAUAAAGAUUUAUUGAGCAUUCAAGCUCAUACUCCUUCACCUGAACCAAAACAGUAUGAAAAAAAACAAUGGGACUGGUACAAUCAAGAUGACAUGGUAAUCAGAGAUGGACCACAAGACUCUGGAUCUGGUCAGAAUCGUCGUCGAACAUUUAGCGAUUCUGCAAGUGAGUGUAAAGCUGAGACAGAAUACCUGCAGACUGCAAGGAAAGGGGGAGGGCAUAAAGAUCUGUUGUCAAUGGAACCUCACCUAACCUCCCCUGAACAGGUCAAUUAUGAAAAGACAGAUGGACAGUGGUACACUCAUGAUGGUGUGGAUAUUAAAGAAACACAAGGGAGGAAAGAAAUGGUUACCCUGCCUAAGAGCCCACGUCCAUCAAGUACAGCAAGUUCAAUAGAUAUAGAGAUAGAUACAGAUUACCUGAAGACUGCUAAGAAAGGUGGAGGGCAUAAAGACUUGUUGACAGUAGAACCUCACAAACCCACUCCUGAACCAGUCAGUUAUGACAAGACAGACGGACAGUGGUACACUCACAAUGGAGUGGAUGUGAAAGAGACUCAACAGAGGAGAGACUUGUCAUCUAGUCUUAAUAACAGUCAAGAGUGUGAUGUCCUAGCUGCUGGUGAAAACUGUGGAGAAUACUUACAACUUGCAAAGAAAGGAGGAGGACAUAAAGAUUUGUUGACAAUUGAUCCUCAUACACCAACACCUGAACCUGCCAGUUAUGAAAAAACAGAUGGACAGUGGUACAGUCAUGAUGGAGUUGAUGUGAAAGAUACACAGCAAAGAAAAGAAAUGAUAACAGUUUGUAGCAGUCCUUGUCCAGUAAACUUGGAUAGUUCAUUGGAAGUUGACUCACAAACAGAUUAUUUAAAGAUCGCAAAGAAAGGCGGAGGACAUAAAGAUCUGCUGACAGUUGAACCUCACACACCCACACCUGAACCAGUCAGAUAUGACAAGAAAGAUGGACAGUGGUACUCACAUGAUGGAGUGGAUGUCACAGAAACACAGAAAAGAAAAGAAUUAGCUGUAUCUAUUGAAGCUCAACAAGGCACAAAAACACUUCUAGCAGCAGGAGGAAACAACACAGAGUACCUUGACUUGGCAAAGAAGGGAGGAGGACACAACGAUUUAUUGACAAUAAGCCCACAUGCACCUACACCUGAACCUGUAAGAUUUGACAAGAAGGAUGGACAGUGGUACACACAUGAUGGAGUGGAUAUCAAAGAGACACAGCAACGAAUAGACUCAAUUGUGUCACUUGAUGAUCAGAAGAACAGUGAGUGUGUCAUGGCUGCAGGAUGCAAUAACAGAGAAUAUCUUGAGUUGGCAAAAAAGGGUGGAGGACAUCAAGAUCUGUUGUUAGUUCAACCCCACACACCCACCCCUGAACCUGUCAGAUAUGAAAAGAAAGAUGGAGAGUGGUACACACAUGAUGGAGUGGACAUAAAAGAGUCACAACAGAGAAAAGAUUUGUCUGUGACCCUGGAAAGUAUUCCAGAAGAUUUAUCAGCUGCAGGAGAGCACAAUGGUGAUUAUCUUAAAACUGCCAGACAAGGGGGACGUAAAGACUUGUUAACAGUAGAGCCUCACACACCCACACCUGAACCAGUCCGAUAUGACAAAAAGGAUGGACAGUGGUACACACAUAAUGGAGUGGAUGUUAAGGACACUCAACAGAGAAAAGAAAUGGUAACAGUUGCAAGCAGUCCUCGUCCAGCAAACCUUGAUAGUUCAUUGGAAGUCGACACGGAAACAGAUUACUUAAAGAUUGCAAAGAAAGGCGGAGGACAUAAAGAUCUGUUAACAGUAGAACCUCACACGCCCACUCCUGAACCAGUCAGAUAUGAUAAAACAGAUGGACAGUGGUACAAUCACGAUGGAGUUGACAUUAAGGACACGCAGCAAAGAAAAGAAAUGGUCACAGUGUCUUCAAGUCCACGCCCAUCGAGUGCGCCAAGUUCUGAAAAAAUUCCCAUAGAAACUGAUUAUCUCAAGAUUGCUAAGAAAGGUGGAGGGCAUAAAGAUCUUUUAACACUAGAACCCCACACACCCACUCCUGAACCAGUCAGAUAUGACAAGAAGGAUGGACAGUGGUACACUCAUGAUGGAGUGGAUGUCAAAGAAACACAAAAAAGAAAAGAAAUGGUAACGGUUUCUAAAAGUCCGCAUCGAUCAGACUUGGCCGGCUCAAUGAACGCCCAGAAAGAAACGGAUUACUUGAAGAUGGCCAAAAAGGGUGGAGGACAUAAAGAUCUUCUAACUGUUGAGCCACACACUCCAUCCCCAGAACCACAGAGAUACCAAAAGAAUGGAGGAGACUGGUACAGUCAAAAUAAUAAGGACACAACAAGAGCAACAGUUUCCCCAUCCAGUCCAUCUAAAGGCAACAAUAGCAGUGCAACGGACUAUUUAAUGUUGGCCAGGAAGAGUGGCGGACAUUCUGCAGCAACUCGAAGUCCUCGUAAAAACACAGAAAAUUCAAAAGUAUACAACACUAACACAGAAUACCUUAAAAUGGCUAGAAAAGGUGGAGGCCAUAAAGAUCUGUUGACCAUGGAGGCCCACACACCAUCUCCUAAGCCACAGAGAUACCAAAAGAAAGGGGGGGACUGGUACAAUCAAGAUUAUGUUGAUGGAAGUAAAACGCGAGGGAAAAAAGGAACUCGGAAUCAAAAUGGUGACCCCCCGAAAGAAACCAGCACUGAAACUGAGUAUCUUAAGAGAGCACGGAAAGGAGGGGGCCACAAAGACCUUUUAGCAACUGAAGGUCAUAAACCCAGUCCCACCCCCAGGAAUUCAGAAAGUAAGCUCGGAGACUGGUACUACCACGAUGGAAUUAAUGGCAAAGAGUCACUUCAGAGGAAAGAAUCUCCCGCUAAUAGUCCAAGAAAAUCAAACGUGGACAGUUCACCGGCUUCCAGUGAAUACUUGAAAAUGGCGAAGAAAGGAGGAGGACAUAAAGACUUACUUAUGAUGACACCUCACCAAGCCAGCCCGAAGCAAAAUCAAGUAAAGAAGCAAAAUACAGAUGCAAUCCCGGUAAACAGCCCCAGGACUGUAAGUAGCUCGAGUAGGGACUCCACGGAAUACCUCAGACUUGGCAGAAAAGGUGGAGGCCAUCCAGAUCUUCUCAACAACUCCCCACGACAGUCUGACUCUUCAGUUGUAAACCGUUCUGAUGCAAUGGAUAGUUCACGAAAAAUUGAACCCAAUACGUCUUUAAGGCGAAGUGCAAGUAUGCGGCACAGAGGUCCAGUAUCUGACUAUCUUGGUAUAGCUCGUAAAGGUGGUCACCACAAAGAUCUGUUAACAAUGCCCGAGACGAGUAACUUCAGAAGAGAUCAAGAAUCACGCAGAAGUCUACGGAGCUUCAGAAGCCCUAUUACCUCUCAAGUUGAUGGGCCGCCAAGACCCAGGACAGCUGAGCCUCGUCAGCCAGUGUGGAUGGGGGGCUCUGGACCUGAGAGAGUCAGCACUCCAGUGAAAAGGACUCUGAUUGCGCCAUUUGCUUCCCAUGAGGGCUCUCCAGGGGCGGCACGGAACCCAGAUAAAAUUUAACACGACAAACUACAUCUCAUCAUCAUCAACAGAUUUAACCGGCGAUCCGAGAAACGACUUAUUUAAAUAAUUUUCAUGAAGUAAUUUUGUCAAACGCUUGGUGAAUAAUUUAUAUAAUAGUUGUUUAGACGUAGAAAGGAAAGUUUAAUGAAACCAUAGAGUUAACAGAUAAUGUCAAAUGAAACAUUGCUGUCUUAGAUUCUAAAUCGUUGUAGUUUGAAUUAGAUUGUUUUAGCAAAUAAGUAACAAUUUCAAUUUUUGAAUUAAUGUUUAUGCAAUUAGAUAAGGAACACCAGUGAACGCAAAUUUUGCAAUGCAUUAGAAUUAUAUCUGAAUAAGUAUUGAAUGAAGUAGUUAGGAAUAGUUCAGGUUAGUCUACGGGAAUUUUUUUUGAGUCAUUUUACGUUAAUAGAAAAGGUAAAAGGGAUUCAAUUUUCAGCUACAUCAGUUUUUUCUCCUUUUCAUUGUGAUCACUUUGUUCGUUAAAGUUAAUAAAGGGAAAGCCAUUUAUUGAUAAUUUUUUGUGAAGUACGCUGGAAAUAACACCAAUCUCAAAGGUCGCGAAACUAUUAGUUAUAGUUGAAGCACAAUUUUUAUUUCUUUGUAAAUGUGGGAAAACACUCAAUAGAUUAAUUUUUCUGUAUCAAGCCAUUUCUUUGGGCUGACGCAACAAGUUACCGUGUGCGCUGCCAAAAGAGUAGCUUGUUUGUAACUGAUAUGCUCAAGUCACAGAAUACUAUUUCUUAUAAAUAUAUGUGAUAUUUAAUAUAAUUUAUGAUACUUCAAGUCUCCGUUGAGAGUUGUCUUUCCUUUUUCAAACAAUCGGCAUUAUAAGUUUAAGCAUGAAAAUUGCACUUUGAGUAAAUGUAGAGGCUGUCAAUUA